UUUGGUGGCGGCGGUCAGAGCGGGGCGAGCCUCUGCCUGGUGAAGUACCCGAGGUGUGAGUGUGUCAGUUCGAGGCAGAAUGGCUCUGUGGGCGGGUUGUGUACUUGUAGCAGCCAUUUUGUUGGCAACAAUGACGUCAUCAAGAGGCGUGGCAAGGACCAAUAACGUGGUGUGUUACUACGCCUCUUGGGCUCACUACAGACAAGGCCCGGCCAAGUACAGCCUGGACGACAUCCCGGUGGACAAGUGCACGCACCUCGUCUACGCCUUCGCCACCCUGGACGCGAGGGACUUCGUGGCCAAGCAGCACGACAGGUGGCUGGACGAAGACCUCAAGAACUACAGGAAGUUCGUCCAGCUGAAGGAGAAAAAUCCCAAGUUGAAGAUAUUGCUUGCUCUUGGAGGCUGGAAUGACUCCCGGAGUACCAAAUACUCGCAGUUGGUAUCGGACCCCGACAAGCGCAGCAAGUUCGUGAGUGAAGCGGUGAAGUUGGUCCUCGAGUAUGGCUUUGACGGCCUGGACCUCGACUGGGAGUACCCGGGGUAUGAGUGGAACCCCAACGAUAAGCAGGGAUUCACGGCAUGGCUGGUGGACCUCAGGAAAGCCUUCGACCCCCACGGCCUGCUCCUGACGGCGGCCGUGAGCGCAGGGAAGAGCACCAUCGACCGAGGCUACGACAUCCCCAAAGUGGCCAAGCUCCUGGACAUGAUCAACCUCAUGUCCUACGAUUUCCACGGGUCCUGGGAGAACCGGGUGGCUCACCACGCCCCCCUCUACGCAGACCCGGGUCAGAACCCCGAACUGUGCGUGGACUUCGCCGUGAACUACUGGAUCAAGAAGGGGGCGCCUCCCCACAAGCUGAUAAUGGGUGUGCCAGCCUACGGAAGGACUUGGACGCUGGCAGGGUCUGACACCUCCCCAGGCGCGGCCGCGGCGGGAGCGGGGCGCGAGGGGCGGCACGUCAGGGAAAGAGGGAGUCUGCCCUUCUUCGAGUGCUGUCUGGCGGAGAAGGAAGGAUGGACGAAGAGGAGGACCCAAGCAGGACCUUACCUGACGAAGGGAAACCAGUGGGUCGGGUAUGACGACGUUCAGUCUGUGGUUCAGAAGGCCCAGUACGCGACGGACAUGGGCCUCGGCGGCGUCAUGAUGUGGGACAUCACCACGGACGACUUCGGGGACGUCUGUGGUGAGGGCAAGAACCCCCUCCUGACGGCCAUGGUCAGGACCCUCCACGGCGACCCGCCCUCUGUCCAAUCCGUCUCGCAGCACAAGGGUAGACCUUCGUCAGGAGCCAAGCCUUCGCCUUCUUCGUUUAGGGAUCCUCGGCAAGGCGGGGUGUCCUUCGGAAGUCAAGGAAGUGGGAGUCCAGGGGCAGCGCCUGCGGGAGGAAAUGCGGCUCUCGAAGGAAGUGUGAGAACUACAACUCCGGGAAGCGUUGGGGAUGGCGAGACUACUACGCGAGUUGCUUCGUCAGGACCGACGACCGAAUUGCCCUAUCCUUGGCUCGCAUGGCCAGUCUUCAGCAGGUCACCGGAGGACAUACGGAACUUCAAUGCCAUCUCGACCACAAAGGCGCCCCUCCGCUCUUUUCAAACUCCGUCUCCGCUUACAUCUCGAGCUCCUGCUUUUCCAUCCUUCACUUCCUUCACCUCUCCUCCCUCCUUUCCUUCGUCUCCUGCUCUCUCUCCUUCCCUCUCUUUGUCCCCCUCGAUAACUUGGUUCGGAAACUGUCGUGACGAGGGCUUUGCACCCGACCCGGCCUCCUGCUCCUCCUUUUACAGAUGCACUGAGGAAUUCGCCUAUAAGUUCUCGUGUCCCGGAGGUCUUCUGUGGAACCAUGACCAGUCCUCGUGUGACUGGCCCAGGUCGGUCCAGUGUGUGUUGCCCUUGACCCAGCCUGACCUGCGGCCUUUCCUCCCGCCUGAAAUAAUUUAGAAGUCGAAGAACUUAGGAUUAAGCUUGAAUGUACCUGCACGCGCCCUUCCGGUGUUAUUCCGGCGACACUACGAGACAACGAAAUUAUCAUUCAUUUGCGAAAGUCACCUGAUACUUAUGCAUUACAGUAUUUGCCGAUUAUAUACAUAUUUUUUACGUUGUAAGUUAGCAGAUAUAUACAAUAUGCCAUACACAUUAUAUUACAUUUAGAUGCUUGCCUUGGCCAUAUUUUGUAAAGAGAUAAAAGCUUAGCUAGCACAUUUACCAACGAUACGGUAGCUCAGUGAUUCUUAACCUUUUAGCACUGUGCUUCCACAAGGUACACCCCAGACACUCGGAGUGAUAUGGGUAAUCAAAUAAUGUGUUCUGGUAAUCUGAAAUCUCCGUAGGUAAACAAAGCAUUACUGGGCUGACUAAAGAAGAAUUUGGUUGUGCAUGUGUAGGGGAAACUACCCCAAAAAUAAAGAAAAGAU